AUGCUCUCAGGUAUUGGACCGCGUGACGAGCUCGAAAAGCACGGGAUCGAGACAAUUGUCGAGGCAGAAGAGGUCGGACAAAACUUUCACGAUCACUUCGCCUUUGUGCAGUGGUGGAAGCUGCGCAACCCAGAGAAAGGGUUGUCAAUUGGUACACCACUGUGGAAGAGCCCGGCAUAUGCUUUGGGCCUUCCAUGCGACUGGAUCGCUACCACUCAAGUUCCUCGCGACCAGCUGAUUCGCGCAUUGCAUGAAGACGGCGAAACCGAUAUCGAAACCCACCCGUACCCCGUGCCUGGUGCUGGCCAUGUGGAGACCCUCGUUGUCUAUGCGCCAGCUGGCGCAGCUGUCUCGCGCGUCAAUGUUCCUAUGGAUGGCACGCACAUCGCAUCUUCAGUGUUAUGCAUGUCAUCGACCUCGCGAGGCCGUAUCACUCUAGCCUCCGCCGACGCGACUACAUCGCCGCAUAUUGAUCCGAACUACUAUGCGACAGCGUUCGACCGCACGGUUCUCCGAGCUGGUAUCAGGCAGGUUGCGGACCUCCUCCUGAAGACGCCAGUAGGCCAAGAAAUUGUCGAUUCCGAAUCACCACGCCCUGGCUUCAAGCCUCUUGGCGCGCAGCCUACAGACGAGGAGAUUGAUGCGCAAGUAAAGACAGGCGGCAACACGUUCUACCAUCCUGCCGGCUCAGCUGCAAUGGGCAAGGUUGUUGACACGCACCUUCGGGUGAAAGGUGUAGAGGGUUUGAGGGUUGUGGAUGCAAGUGUUUUGCCGCAUCCGGUCACUGCGCAUUACCAGGCACUGGUGUAUGCCAUGGCCUACAAGGCAGCGGAUCUCAUCUCCAGUUGA